UAAAACCCUACUCUCCUUCUCCCCUCUCCAGUCUCCAGCAAGCAGCUUUAUCCAUUUUCCGGGAAAAGAAAAAAAAAAAAAAAAAAAAAAAAAAAGGAAAAAGGAAUAGAAAGUUGAAGAAAACGAUUUAGCCACCCAAGUAGGCAAAUCUGGGUCGAGUUUAGUGGUGGAAACAUUUAUUCCUUUCCUUUACCGGGUAUACAGUCUUUUAUCUUUCUCUCUGAAAUUUGUACCCUUUAAUUUUGUUUUCCUACUACUUGUCUCUCAAAUACGUAGCUCUUUCUCUGCUUUCCGUGCUGCAAGGUUCUCUCUCUCCCUCGGACAUUUGUUCUUCCUUCUUUUUCUUUCUCUCUAACUUUCCAUGAAAUUUCUCUCCCUUUAGUUUUCUUAACUUUUUUUUUUUUUAUUUUUUAUUUAUAAAUGGUAGAUUUCUCUCCCUUUCAAUCUUCUCUUUAACGUCUGUUCCCUCUCCCUCUCUGCUUUCUUUUUAGUUUUAUCCCUUCCUUCUUUAUUCUCUUCCUGUCUACUCACAAAACGAAUCUCCCUCCUUUUCCCCCACUCUCACUUCCAUGACAACCUGAUUCACAUAUACAACCCUUCUUCUCAACAAAUGGAUUGCAGUUUUGACCUCCCUCCAAUCAAAUAUACCCACCACCAUACCUGCACAAACCUCAAACCCAGUCUCACUAAAGAUUCAAACACCAACCCAGGAACUCUUCCACAAAUGACACCCAGAGUUGUAAGGAUAUCCCUCACCGACGCCGAUGCCACUGACUCGUCUAGUGACGAAGACGACGGACUUCCACUGAAACGACAACGCAUCAAGAAGUUUGUUAACGAGGUCACCAUACAUUCCUGUUCUACGCACAUUUCGAAUUCCAGGUCAUCCAGAACCAGGAAGAGGCCGUCCCGGAAAAUCGAUUCCUCUGACCAGCCACCCAAGAUCCCCGCCGUAAGGAAGUUCCGGGGGGUGAGGCAGCGGCCGUGGGGAAAAUGGGCGGCGGAGAUUAGAGACCCUCUACGACGAGUACGACUCUGGUUAGGCACCUACGACACAGCCGAGGAAGCAGCUAUGGUUUACGAUAACGCCGCCAUCCAGCUCCGUGGUCCCGACGCUCUCACCAACUUUAUCACUCCUCCUCCGGUUGAAACCAAGCCUCCCCAGGUCUCCGAAUACAACUCCGGCGAGGAGUCACAGAGCAAUAACAACAUAUGCUCGCCCACCUCCGUCCUCCGCUGUCCCUCGUCUGCAAACGAAGAAGCCGAGUCGCAGAGCAACAAGAAUGCCCGAGAAGUUAGCUGUAAGGCCGAAGAAGUUGGGGAGGAGGCGUGCGUAUCAGAGAGUUUAUUGGAACUGGAGACGUUGUUUGCAAGUGAUGUGUUCAGUGGGGUGCCGGACAUUUUUGAUGAUACGACGAAGGAGAAUUACGCGGAGAUGUUUGAAGAUUUUGGAGUGGGAUACGGGAUGGGGUAUGGGUUCUCGAGCUGGCAUGUGGAGGACCAUUUUCAGGAUAUCGGGGAUUUAUUCGGGUCGGAUCCUCUGGUAGCGAUUUGAGAGACGGUUGAUUUUGGAAGGGUGAUUUUCUCCCCGGUCGUUUUUGACUGCCGACUUUUCGGCAAUUUUUUUUUUGAACCGGCGGGGAACGGAAAUAUCGGAAAUGUAUUUUGUUUUAUUGGUUUUAAUUUUGUGUUUAAAUGAGUAUUUAAAAGAACUCCGUCAGAGUAACGGUGACGGAGGAGUUUGGGCAGGUGGUGGUGUAUUUUGCGGUUGGGGUAUAACUUUAUUUUUGGGGGAAGGCACGUGAUGGGAAGAUUUGAA